AUGGAACUUGAAACUAUUGGUUUAAUGACUUUAGAUUCAACAACAAAUUGUACUGAUCUACAUAGAGGACAACAUGAUUAUCAAUCAACAACAAUUACGCAUAAAGCUGACUUAAGUAUGUGUAAUCCAAGUUCAACAGUAUGCGAAUUCUAUGAUCCAUCAAUAAAAACACAACACAUCGAUACACAUCAAAUGGAAAUCAAUAAAAACUAUAACAAUCCUAACAAUAAUAAUAAUAAUAAUUCAUUACUCAGUAAAAUUAAAUAUAACCAUGAAAUAUCAUUGACAUGUCCACCGUCUAAUUCAUCCUCUCCCAAAUUACCAUCAUCAACAUAUCAUUGUACAUUGAAUUUAACUAAGGCGUCAAGUAUUACUGCCACAUCUCCACCUCCUCCUCCUCCUACUACUACUAUUGUUAAUGAUGAUAAUAAUAAUAGUAAUAAUAAUAGUAAUGUAGUGAAUACUGUAAAAUCUUCACCUAUCACAUUGUCAAAUAAUCGACUUACGGAAUUAAUAUCAAAUUGUUAUGAACAACAGUCUACAGUAAAUACAACUGCUACUUGUGCUCAGAAACAAAUAAUCAUAACAAACAUUGAAGAUAUCUCAUCAACUACAUCAAAUUCAUUUGUAAAUAAUCAAAGUAAUAAAUUGAAUCAAAUCGUCAAUGAGACAAAUGAUUAUCAUCAUAUAUUAUCGAAUAAAUAUUUAAAUGAAAAUGAAAAUACUGUACAGUCGACAUUUUUAAAUUUGCCAAUUACAACAACAUCAUCUCAUUUAACUAAUGAUGUUACAUAUUCAUUAACCUUAACAAUACCAUCAACAAGUAUGACAGGAUUAGUUUCGAAUUUAAAAGAACCAAUAAAAACUAAUAAUAUCUCAACAUUGAACAUGUUACAACAGUCAUUAAAGAAAGCAUCGAGUAGAGUAACAUCACCCUCAGUGGUAAAAACACAUGAAUUAAAUAGUAAUAAUAAUGAUAAUAAUAGUAAUGAACAGUAUUCUUCUAAUCUCACCGAGAAUAGAAAUAAAUAUACAAAUAUAUUGAACAAUGAUAUCAAUUAUUUUAAUGACAAAAAUCAAUUGUCAUUAACUACCCAAUGUAAAUUGGCAUUAAACGUAAAUUCAUCAAUAAAUGAUUCACUGUUGACGACUAAAUUAUCCGCAUCUUGCUCUUCCUCUUCACCUUCAUCAACAUCAGUGUUAUCUACUGCCAAACCAUCUGUUAUAUCCUCGCUAUCAUCCAUACCACUAUCGUCAUCCGUGUAUCAGUUGAAUUCAACGGUCGAUAUAAAUGUUCCUACUUGCGAUAGACAUGAUAAUAAAUCAAUACCGAUUAUAUCAUCGUCUCAAUGUACACCUACUACAAUUACAUCAUCGCCUAGUUUUCCAGUGUUUUCUACACUUUUAAAUAGUUCUUCUUUAACCACAGUGAAUUCUAUGCAACCAAUAUUACCGACAUCAAUAAUGAUGGAUCAGUCAACCAUGAAUAUGAGUCGUAAUAAUAAUCAAUGUGAAAUGAAUAAAUGUAAUUUACAAAAUCCGUAUUUGUUGAAAAGUUUAGAAAAUACUACGUUUUCAAUUCAAUCACAUUUAGAACAAUGUUCAACGAAUCCGAUAGAUUGUAUUACAACCUGUUCAACAAAUGUUACUUAUUCUACAAAUACUACUAAUAGUGUCAUGAAAAGUAAUACAACUAGUAAUGAUGAUAAUCAUAUUACAAAGAAUAAUAAUAAUAAUAAUAAUAUCAGUGACAAUAGUGAUGACGAUGAUGAUGUUGUUGUUAGUAGUGGUGAUCAUGGUGAUGAUGGUAGGAACAGCCAUUCAGUAAAUCGGUUUUAUCAGCCACAACAACAAGAACAAUUAACAGGUGUAUUAUCAAGAUUCCCUGACCCGCUAACUAUGAUGUAUGAGAAUAUCAAUAAUCGAACUAGUAUAAUGAAUAAUUUUCCACUUUCACCAAACUGUGUUGCUAAUACUUUUACUUUUCCUCAUCGUCAUAAUCAUCAUCAUCAUCAUCUUCCGCCUCAUCCUCCUCCUCCUCUUCAUCAUCAUCAUCAUCUUCAACAUAUUCAUCAUCAGCCUCAUCUGCAGCAUCAUCUUCAUCAACUACCAUCACCGCCACAACUACAACAUCAAGUACCUAGGUAUCAUAUGAAUAAUUCAUGUUUAAAUAAUUUACCAAUGAAAUUAUCAACAUUCAAUUUCAUUUCGUCAUCAACAUCCACAUCCUCACCACCAUCAAUAGGAACAGCAACAACAACAACAACAACGCCGUCAUCACUGUCAUCAGCAUCAGCAUCAUCGUUAUUAUUACUGACAACACCGAUGACAAUAACAACAACAACAACAACAACUACAAAUACAACAAUACCAAUUGACGGACCAAUGACACCGGCAUCACAGUCAAAUACAAAUUUACACUCGACAUAUUUUCCUUAUUCAUUUGUCAGUAGUCAUAUGAAUAAUAAUCAUAAUUCUAUUAACAAUACUACUACUAAUAAUAAUAAUACCACUAAUAAUAAUAAUUUAAUGGAUCGAAUUAAUACAGCUUGCGAUGAAUUUUUAUCUUCCGAUUGUAGAUCAUCAAGUGGAAAAGUACGAUCAAGAAAGAAACGUAAACCGUAUACACGUUAUCAAACAAUGGUAUUAGAAAAUGAAUUUAUGGGUAAUGCAUAUAUUACAAGACAGAAACGUUGGGAAAUUUCUUGUAAACUACAUUUAACAGAAAGACAAAAUUGUAAUUUACACUAUGCUGUGUGUAUGGUCGAUAAAUGUAAAUAG